CACUCACCCCUCCGCCCCACCGAUACCCAGUCGUUCACUCUCGCCAUGUUUGCCCGCCUUUCUCUGCUCUCCGUCCUCGGCCUUGUCCUCGUCGCUGCGGCCCACCCCUCCCCCUCCACCAAACGCACUGGACAGUGCAAUACCGGUAAACUGAACUGCUGCGAUACGGUCGGAAAGUCCGACGACCCCAGCAUCAGCAAGCAGCUCGGGCUGCUUGGUGUCGUCCUUCAAGGACUCAGUGUUCCCGUCGGCCUCAGCUGCGACCCGAUCGACCUCAUCGGCGUCGGCGACGGCUCCAACUGCGCUCAGCAGCCAGCCUGCUGCACAGGCGACGUUCAAAACGGCCUCGUCAACCUGGGGUGCACCCCCAUCAAUGCCGGCCUGUGAGAGCGUCGAGUCGCUGAGGCCGCUGGGUACUUUCGUUCUUUGUAUGUUGUGGAAAGCGGAAAAGGCCGGUGAGGCGGAGCGGGUGCUGCGUCGACCGUCUCUCGUUACAUCGUCGUUCGUUUUUUUUUUCUUGGAUCCAGCUUUCCGUAGUUUUCUUGUUCAACUUUUGUUGGUGGGCCUUUGGCAUAAUCACUACACGGACACUGUGUGCCGCUAUCGCUGCUC